AUGAGGGUCAUCCCCCUCGGGACAAAUUUGUCACUCCACAGCCUCUGUGUUCAAGCCAUCCUUCUCAUAAGCAUCCUGUCUCUCUGCUCACCCUCAGGUAUGUCAGUUAAAGAUUUCUCUACCAUUAGACUGGAGACUGAUCUCUCCUAUUGGAUGGACCAGGCCAGAUCAAAUGACCAGGGCCGGCAGCAUCAUCAUGAUGAGAAUGCACCUAUGAGCCAACAGGACCCCAGUUCCUACAGACACGGGGCUAAUGUCAAUUAUGAUUACUAUUAAAACCCCUAGAACCUAACAUUCGCUGUGAAACCUGGAGACUAUUGCCUGACUUGUAAAUCACUCUAAUGCUCUAAGGCAA